AUGUCUUUACGCCGUUCAACUAGACUAAGAAGUUCAACUUUAGAAAAUAGCUCAUUUGAUAAUGUGCCGGAAUCACUUAUUCAACAUGAUGAAAAAACUACUCAAAUAAAUAUAAAGGCAAAUAAUGAUUAUGAUGGUAUUUUGUCAUCUUCAGAAGACGAAACUUCACAAGAAGAUAAUGAUGACGAUGACUAUAUACCCACUACAAGACCUACCAAGUCAAAAACCAAUAACAGUAGUAGGAAGAGAAAAGCUACCACGCAAAAAGCCAAGACUUCAAAUAAAUCUGCAAAAACGACAGAAGCAACACAUGCAACCAACAGAAUAUCGCUAGCGGAAAGGGCUAAAGAUGAAACGCAAUAUUUAUAUUUGUUGAACAAUUUUGAACCAACAAAAAUAUUCUCAGCCUUGGCUAAUAAUGACGAUAUUUCCAUUGAAGAAGUUGCCAUUGAAUGGUUAGAGUUAUAUACCACUUCUCCAACCAAAGCCAAACAAGUUUUUGUUAAUUUUAUUUUAAACUGUUGUGGGUGUUUGAUCCAAGUGGAGGAACAUGAUGUUGUUAACAAUGAUAGCGCUAAUGAAACUGUUGGCGAAGUUCAAAUGAUGUUUCAGAAUCAAAAAAUACAUGAAUUUUACCUAUUAAACGCUAAAAAUCAUUCAAGAAGUCUUUCUGUUAAAAAAUAUAAAAACUUGUACAACAAUUUUAUCAAAUUUGUUGAAAACGUUAUAAGCAUUGGGUACGAAAAAAAUUUUUUGUGCAGUUUGAAUGAUGAUGGCACCAAAAUGGGGAAAGGUCGCAUGAUUUUAGAUCUAAUGAUAUGGCUAUCCUCUUUAAGUGUAUCUAAGCUAAGAUGUUUAAGAUAUACAUCAUCUUUAGCUCUCUACGUUAUCGAGGAUACUUUAACUAACUUAAUCACUGAAAUUGAUAGGACUUCACUACAAAACUUGAGAAAGUUGAUUGAAAGGGAAGAAAGGAAAAAAACACCAAAUACGAACACCAUUGCUAAAUGGAGGGAAAAUUUAGAUGAAGAUGAGGAGCAGAAAGCUGUUCUUGAACGAAUUGUAGACGAAAUUUUUAAAAUUUGUUUUCUCCAUAGAUUUAAAGAUGUUGAUGAAGAGGUGAGGCUGAAUUCUUUACUACACCUUUCUAAUUGGUUAAUUAAUUGGCCUGAGCAUUUUCUUCAGGUUACUUAUUUAAAAUAUUUUGGUUGGGUUUUAACCGACUCUUCUAAUCAAGUACGCUGUCAAGUUUUAAGCUCAUUAUUGGAAAUAGCCAAGUUUUCCAAAAAAAGAGGUUCUAUUUUCACUGAAAACACAGCCUUUCGGCAAUUUUUUGAGAGAUUCGAAAAUAAAAUUAUUGAAAUAGCUAUACAUGAUGUAGAUUAUGAUGCGAAAACCAUUGCUGUCAAAGUGUUAGCUGAAAUUAAGACUUUUGGUUACUUGGAAGAAAAUGCUAAUCUUGAAAUUUCCUCCUUGUUAUUUAAUAACCAGGAUGUGGAUAUUUUGUUGAACAAUAAAGAAGGCAGGUUUUUAAAUUCUGUAGCUAGAUUUUUCGCCGAGUCAGAGAGGACCGAAUUGCAAGAGCUUUUCAACGUAUGGGACAUAAAAUCUAAGAAACAAAAUGGGAGUGGAAAGAAAACAGCGGGAAAUAAUAUUACCACUACUGCUGGAACUUCCAAUACCACACCUGACUUGACAGAUAUUUUAAACGUUGGUUAUUUUAUGAAUUUUUUUUUCAAAUCUUUAAACUACUAUAUAUCUGACAGUGGUGGCGAUAGUAGUUCAAAGAUGAAAGCUGAUAAAGUGAAAAUGAUUUUUCAAGGCUCCCAGUUUUUAGGUACUUCUUUUGAAGAUUUGAUUUUACCCCUUUUUAAAAUUUUAUCAUAUUCAGGGGAUUUGUCAGAAGUUAUUGAAGACUUCACCAACAAUGUUCAAGGUGAAGAUGACACCAAAGACGGGAGCAUUAAUAGCCAAGACAUAAGGGAGAAACUUUUACUGCCCACUAAAUCAGAUGACAUUGCCAGCUACCUUAUUGUAUUGUCUGGGCUAUGUGUUGGUGCUGUACAAGUUAAUAAUAACAAGUCUGACAAAAAAGUUUCUAAAAUCAUUAGUGAGAAUUUAUUUGGCGUACUGAAUACAGUUGAGUUAGGUUAUUCGAAUGUUAUUCCCAGCAUAGUGGAUUUGAUUGGCCUGGUUAAUUUUGAACUGUGGGAUGAAGUGGAGCUGGAUGAAAUGACUAGAAAGUUUGAAAAACUUUUAGCUGAAAGUAUUACUUUUUCUAUAGGAGAUGAUAAUUAUAAAGCAUUUACCAAGUUAUUGGGCUAUUACCGUAAAGAGAUUGCCUCGCCAAAGUAUAAUUCUGAAUGGAAACAUGUUUUGGAUAAUAUUAAACUUGAUUGUUCAGAUUUCAUAAAUACACAGUUUUCUGAGGAAGAUGAAGAGAAUUUUAACGCUAAAUUAAUAUAUUUAUAUGGGAACUAUAUUUCUAAAAUACUACUGAUGGCCAAAAUUUACCCACUAGACUUGGAAAUGAGUUUUAGUGAGAAUUUUUUUGAAAAGAUAACAAGCAAAACAUUGAGUUUGGGAUUGGACAAUUUUGAUUUUCAAGUUAUAGAUUUUAAAAUUUUUUCAUUGUAUUGCUCUUGGUCGCUACAAUUAUGGUUACAACGAUUAGAAUCGUUAAAAGAGGAGAAUGAUGAUAUUAUAGCUUCAUUUCCCUAUGAAACCUUUGAUCAUAUUAAAUUUAUUACAGAACAAUUGGGUAUAUAUUUAAUUUCAGUUUGCGAUUUAGAAGGCGCAAAAGGUUUAAAUAGAAAUAUUUUGAUGUGGAACUUGUCCUGUUGUUUGUGUGAUAUAUUGAUUUCUUAUAGAAUGUUUAUUUUACAAUGUCCAGUACCUUCUUGGAUUGAGCAGCUAAAUGAGAAUUAUAAUAUCAAUGACCUGACUAUAAAUGAUGAAAUAAUUAAGAUUUUUAUGUUUUCUUUUCAAUUUUUGGAGACACGUGCUGCUAAUUAUUUGGGUGUUACUAUUUUGGAAAGUGUUGAUACUGAACAAUUUAAAACUGAGAAGCCUGUAGGAGCAGAUAUGGAUGAAGCUUUAGGAGACACUUUUUUCAAUGAUUUGUGCGUAUUCGUUAUAAAAUUGAAAAGUUUAAUACGUCUUCAAGUGUUUGAAGCUAAUGGUAGCAAUUGGGUGACUGAGAUUGAAAAUAGACUGAAAUUGAAUGGGAAAAUGUUUGGUGAGCUUUAUAGUAGUCUGGUAGAUAACAAACUAGAUCAACUUCAACCAAAAAAAGUCAAUGGUAAAACAGAAGUAAAAGGUUCCUUUAUGGUGAGGAGCAGUGAAGAAGAAGGUAAUAAAGACGAUAUUGUUGACACUGAAAACGGCCAACAGGAAAAUGAAGAAGAGGUGAUAAUGGAAGAGGAAGAAGUAAUAUUGGAAGAGGAAAAGGAGGAGGAUGAACAAAAAAAAGAAGAGGGGACUAACAAAUUCAAAAAACAUAAACAAGAAAUGAUGGAACAAGAUCCAAUUGUUGAUAAUUAUAGUCAAGAGUUAUAG